UGCCCUGGGGCCCUGGACCCCUCCCCAGCCUACCCAGUUCCCCCACAGCAGAUGAACCAGCUCUGGAGGUUGGGUGCUCUCAGAAGGAGGGAAGCAGGAAGUGGUAGUGAGGCCUGUGCUCAGACCCACUUCGCGGGCUGAAGGUAGUACUGCUGGGAAGGGGAGGGGCCAGCGGCUUGUGUCUCAGAAGGGAGCACACGGCACAGGGCACAGUGCGGCUGCAGACCCAGAGGCGAGCCAUGCAGGCCUCAGCCAGCAACAUCUCAGGUGACAUGCAGUGCCCAGUCAACUUCUCGGAGGCUGCAGAUCGCAUCCUCAAUGGCCUCCAAGUUGACUUUCUGUGGCCCAUGCUGGUAGUCGAGUUUCUGGUGGCCUUGGCCGGCAACAGCCUGGCCCUGUAUCGCUUCUGCAGCCGGGAGCAGCGCCCUUGGCCCCCAGCUGUGAUCUUCUCGGCCCAGCUGGCGGUCAGCGACCUGCUCUACGCCCUGACGCUGCCCCCCCUGGCUGCCUACAUCUACCCACCCAAGAACUGGCGCUACGGGGAGGCUGCCUGCCGCCUGGAGCGCUUCCUCUUCACCUGCAACCUGCUGGGUAGCGUCAUCUUCAUCACCUGCAUCAGCCUCAACCGCUACAUGGGCAUCGUCCACCCCUUCUUCGCCCACAGCCAACUGCGGCCCAAGCAUGCCUGGGCUGUCAGCACCAUUGGCUGGGCGCUGGCGGUCCUGCUCGCUGCCCCCACGCUCAGUUUCUCUCACCUGAGCGUGUCCCAGCGCCAAGGCCAGUGCUCUGUGGCCAGCCCGGGGGCCUGUACCAAGUGCCUGGGGACAGCGAGUGACAGCCAGCUUGAGGCCUACCGGGUCUACAGCCUGGCGCUGGCAACCCUGGGCUGCGGCCUGCCGCUACUGCUGACCCUGGCAGCCUACGGUGCCCUGGGGCGGGCCGUGCAGCACAGCCACAAGCGGCAGGUGAUGGUGCUGGUGGCCAGCGGCGUGGCCCUCUAUGCCAGUUCCUACGUGCCCUACUAUAUCACGGCAGUGCUCAACGUGUAUGCCCGGCUGCGCUGGCUCGCCCUUUGCCCGGGUUUUACGAGUGAGGCCGCGGCUGAGAAGGCACUGGCCAGAAGGACAUACUUGGCCCACCAGGUGACACGAGGCCUUGUGCCCCUAGCCAUCUGCAUCCACCCGCUGCUCUACAUGGCUGUGGUGCCCAGCCUGGACUGCUGCCACCGACGCUGCGGGCAGGAACAGACCCCAAAGACUACCACAUGCUCCAGCGAAGCCCUACCCCUCAACGUCACAGCCACCCCCCAAACCUCAGGGCUCCAGUCCCCCGAGCUGAGCCCGUGA